CCCAGUUGCGCCCCGCUCUAACGUCAACUCCUAGAUCUGUCCAUGAGAAAUACAUAAAUUAUAUUCUUUCGUGCUUUGGUUGUAAUAAUGAUCGAUUUACAAAACAUUUUUGUAAAGGAAAACCUGCUUCAUAAAUGAUCAUACACUGAUAUCAGCAAAUAUCCAUUAGAUAAUUGUGUCUGGUUGAGCUUUUAUCCGACAAUGUCGGUGUAUGGUCAUACGGCCCAAUAGUCAUACCGCAACGAACAUUUAGCAUUCAGACUAACAAUUACACCGAAAUGCCUUAAUGUAAUUAUGAUGGUCGUGCGACAAAAAUAAUAUACGGGACUUAAAUAACAACGGGAGUAUUCGAUAUGCAAACAACAACCCACCGAGAAGUGUUAUCUCAACUGAGGCGUAUUCAAUGAAUGACAUUACACUUUACCUUCGUAAAUUAUACUAAUAAAUACAUCGUGUGAUUUACAAUAAGUGAUCUUUAUGUAGUUUCGAUAUAGCAAAUGUCGAUGGAUAUUUUGAAGUAUUUCAUUGUGUUCUGUUAUGAGAAUAAUAAAACGUUCAUGUAUUAAAUAUACGUGUACAUGUAGGUGGUACCUGCCUUGGUCUGUGUUUCAAAUAAAUGGAAGUAUGUUUUUGAGCUAGGUUUAAGAUGACUAACAUAUCUUUGGAGGACCUGAACAGGAGAGAAGUCAUCCGACAGAUACCUUUAUUUAUAUAUUUGAUAAUCAUUGGGAUAACUGGGAGUAUUGGUAACGCGCUAGUGUUCUACGUUUACAAGAAGAAGUACGGACGAUCAAAUUGUCGGACAUUUAUACUCUGUUUGUCAGUGAUUGGACUUAUCGCGUGUGUGUGUGUUAUUCCGAUUGAAAUAUUGACAUUAUUUCACGAAUACAACUUUUACCGUGAGAGAAUCUGCAAAACAAGCGUUUUUCUGAACACUUGGCCGACGUUGACGUCAGGGGUUUUGCUCCUGUGCAUUGCCAUAGACAGGUACCGUAAAGUGUGUAGACCUUUUAAAUGGCAAAUUUCCCACAGGGAAUCGAUCAUUAUGUGUAUAGCGGCUGGAGUAAUUGGCGUCGCGUUUUCAUGGAUAUCGCCAGUCAUUUACGGCAUCCAGACGUCACGUCAUCCGCAUUACGACAUCAACGUUACAACGUGCGUGGAAACGGAUAGUGCAAAAGCGACGGUAUUUCCAAUACUCAACAACGUGUUGUUUGCUGUUCUAUUUGUUUGCUCAUUGGCUGGAAUAAUUGUGAUGUACUGUUUCAUUGGCGUAAGCAUAAAACACCAUAACGAACGACGGACUCAGUUUCUAGGACGACGAGACGUCGUAUCGACCGCCGCUAACGAACCACUGCGAAUUAAAAGCGAAAAUGCGAACACAACCAGUGAUCCAUUGUUUUGCUCCGAUGAUAAAAACUCGGAACGAAUCUCAAAGAGGAAAUCAGCAAUCUCAACUUUAGAACCAGAACGAUCUAACAGACAUUCCAUCCUAAGUUCUAUGAUGUCGUACGCCGCCCGCCCGAUUUCAUUUCUCACAAGAACAUUAUCAUCAAAAUAUUCGGGAAAUGAAGUAAAUUACAGACAAAAAGAUCGACGGUCCCAGAAACAAUACAAUGCAAUGAAAACUGCCAAAAUCAUGUUCCAAGUUUCCCUGGCUUUCAUUGUUAGUUACACUCCAUUACUUUGUAUUCUAUUGAUAAGGACAUUCAAUAGUGACUUUGUGCAAUCUUUAAACGAUAGUCAACGAACAGCAUACAAGUUUUUUCUUAGAUCGUACUACUUAAAUUUUGCUCUUAAUCCAAUAAUUUACGGUGUAAGGGAUGUCAGAUUUCGACAAGCAUGUAAGCACUUAUUGUGCAGAUGCAAAAAAUAAGCCAUCCGAUGUUUUGGGGUAUUUAAGUAGUCUUGAUCUUAUAAAGCUACACACUCACAGAUCGUUCUGAUAACUUUUCAUUUUUGUCUUGGAAUGAGGUAAUUUCUAAUGUCUGGAAACUACUGCUGACAAAAUAUCAUAUCGCAGCUAUUUUCAUUUUUACGUUCGUAAAUUCAUGUUUUAUGCCAAAAAACUUUUUCUUAAAGCGUAAGUAACGCUUUUAGCCAUUAAACUUAAAUUUUCGAACGUUAAUAUUUAAAACUUCGAUCUGAUAUUACCGGUAUGUCACAAGUAUAAUAUCACUGGUUUCCAGAUAUUUACGCAAAGAUCGGUUCAUUCCAAUACCUGUGUGAAAAACUAUAUAUAUAUAAAUAAAAAACAAGACAAAAAAUUGUCAAAAUGGUCAAACUGUGAGAGUACAGCUUUAGGGUGAAACUCACUGGACACACUAAUCUAUUGUGGUUUUUCAAUUGAUAGAGAUAACACGAUAAUCUUAUUUGUUUAAUAAAAUACAUGAAUCACUAUCUCAAAA